AGGACCAACGUACAUAUUAUGAUACCAAGAAGUAAGCUAGUCUCGAGAGCUUACUUGAAUCAUAUUAGGUCUAGUACUCUAGUCCCACGCUCUCACAGGAGAAAUCUCCAAUCCGAAACACCCAUUAACACUGAUAAGGUUGGCGAAGAACAAAAGGAAAACCUUGAAAAUGAGACUGCAAACGUGUCUGAAACUGUUGAACACGACUCCUCUAUACCAUGGUACUUGAGAGAAGACGCAUCAUCACAAAUAAGAACCGUUGAAGUUGAAUUACCUGAGGUUCCAGAACAUGCCCCAGCUACAGUUGCAGAUUUCUUACAUGUAGUUGGCCAAGAAUAUGGUAUGUCUGACAUCAAACUAUACGACUUGUCUGAACUACCUGAAGAUCACACAUACAGCGUCACUAACCAACCAUUCAAAUACAUAAUCAUAUGUUCCGGGAAGCUGGAAAAGCAUAUUUACAAAGCAGCCUCGGAAUUACGAUACCGGAUCAAACAUGAACGGGGAUACUUGCCUUCGAUGGAAGGAAGAGUUUCUAGUGCAUUAAAUGCGUUAGCUAGACGUCGUUUGAUGAAACGUGCCGGGAAGGGACCAGCAGCCACCGAUAACGAAUUCGGACUUGGCAAGAACAGUUGGGUGAUGUGUGAUACUGGGGUUGAUGGGAUAGUUGUGCACAUGUUGACCCCUGACAGAAGAGAACAUUUGAAAUUGGAGUCCCUCUGGUCCGAACAAGAAGAUAAUGUGAGUACCGAAUCAAGCAUUGAUAGUGAUAGUAUCUUCCGAGGAUUCAGAAGAAGAUUCCACACAUCAACUCGUUGUUUUAAUGGAAAUAAAUUAAAGGAAAUAUAUGAUUUGUUGUUAGUACAAGAAUCCCCUAAGUCUUUACAGCUGCUUAAACAAGAGUUUGAUUUAUCUUUCAAAGGUUUGAAUAUCCAAGAAUAUAAUAUCAAGUAUGAUUUCUACAAAUCCUUGCAUUUACUUGACCCAGAAGCGGUGACUGAACCGGAUUUGUUACGAAUUGUCUGGGAUAAGUACUCUAGUUUAUCUCUUGUGUGUGACAACUGGAAACAAGAAAUAACACAUGAUGUGAUUAAAUAUAUGGAAUUGUUAGUAGACUCCCCUAUUGCUUCUCACGAAGAACCUGCAGAAAAAUAUAACAAGCUUUCCAAGUUUAUUUCCCAAAUCACACAAUUUUCUAAUGAAGAAGUCAACUUGUUAUCUAACCCGCAAUUCCAAAGCUUGCUUUGGAGAUUAUCAUACAAUGGUUCAAACGAAGUAGAUGCUGCUACCGUGUCGGAAAUAAUUCAAACAGGCCAACCCACUGAAACCACGUACUCUGAAUAUUUAGUACUAGAUGAAAAGAAAUCAAGAGACGCAUGGACCUUUAUCGAGCAAUGCUACCACAAGUCAGGCACUCCAGUACCUGUUUGGUUCAGAGAACAAAAGAUGUACACCUACGGGAAUUGCGGGAAAUGGACUGAGUUCUGGAAUGAAUGGGAUGUCAUAGUACAAACUGUUCCAACUGAGCAUGUACUCGGUUAUUGGGUUAAACUUUUGGUGUAUUUAACGGAAAGAAAUACAAUUGAAGAGUUAAGAAAUUUCUUUGUUACAUACUGGAACCAGCCACAACGAAUGGGAUAUUCGUUCAUAGCUGAUUAUAUCAAACAUGGUGAACAAUUCACAACCAAAGAAGAAAAGCACGCUAUUAAGAGUGCAAUUAACAAACUUGCAAGUGAAUGCCUGACAUUCCCAUGGUUCCAACCAGCAUCAGAUUUUGCAUCCAAAUUGUAAAUAGAAAAAAAAAAAUUAAUUACGCGGUUGGGCGGAAUUGUACAUAGUAAAAAUUUAACACGCGAUU